CCUCCGGACACUUCAUUCUGCUCUGAUUAUUCACUGCGUGAACUUCCAGCUCAAACUCAGCUCUUCUCUACCAACGUUUUUGUUUGGAGUUAAUAUUUCAUCCAGUUUUCUAUCGUGUGGACUUAACCAACUUCAUUGAUUGAAAAUGGCUUUCAUGAUGCCUGUUGUGAAAAAUGACUACAACAUCUAUCCCAGCUGCCCAAGCAGCCGUGCCGGUUGCGGCACUCCUCAAUCCAGAGGGUCCAGCCUGUCAUCCUCGCCUAGUGGAGUAUCUUCUUUCCUGAGUUCACCUAGGCAUUCGCACACACCUGCUUACAAAAGCAUGCCUAAAUCUGAGUCUCAGACUUCUCUGCACAAGUUCCACACCCGACUCGUGGAAAAGCUGAGGAAGACAUUUCGUGGCAAAGUUUCAUCUUCUGAUGACAUCAAUCAGGCGUCGUCUUCAGGGACCGUCAUUAUCCGAUGAUUUCCAGACUGUCCUCAUCUAAAUACUACACAUCGCUUCUUGAUGGCAUCAAGCAGCCCUGUCUGAUGGUUGGCAUUGCCCUGAGAGAAAAAAACGGAGAAAAUCGAUCAGUUCGGCAAAUAUUCCUUUGGUGCAUAUCAAGCCAAGGUCCAAAUACAAGAUGAUGGUAUAAGGCGACUUUUAAUGGGCAGCCAGCCCUACUGGGAAUCAUAAAAUUGAUGUCAUCCCUUCGCUUAAGAACCUCAUUUUUGCUGCAGCUCUAGUUCCAGCAUUCAACAUCGUUCGAAAAUCUGUAAGAGACUUUCCAUUUGUUGGACUAGACUGAACUGUAAAUACUUGGGGACUGGUAUAAGACUUCACAAAAAUAUUUUUCUAUCUCAAAAUAUCUGUAUCUUCCUGCAAUCUAUUUGGCAGUAUUCUCUUAUUAUAUUUCAUUUUAAUCUUUUCGUAAGUAAAAAAAUUUGUGUCAUUCAAAUCGUAAAUUUCAUCGAUAUUCUUCUGUCAAUAAUUUCAUCUUAUCACUAUAUUGUUUUUAUGAAAUAAAUUUGUUUAGUUUUUUUAA